CGGGCUUUUGUGCAAUAAUAAAAAAUGUUGGGCCCUUUCUUGUAAUUUUCCCCAAACUUUUUGACCAGCAAUUUAAAGACCCAAAUUGAUGCAGAAACGCAGAAAUUGAGUUGGAAAGGAAAGGAAAGGAAACGUAUGAGAGGGAGAGAGGAAGAAGAGAAGAGAAAGGGAGGGAGUUAGGCUUGGAUCUAGGAGUCUUUGCGACCGUUGCGAGCUCGGCUACACGAUAGGUCCAGGCGAAGGAUCCAGUGGUGGACGGGGAAAAGAGCAAAGCUAGGGGUUUGCUUGUGAUUUGAGGGGAGAAAGGUCCGUACGCUUGUAGCCGUACACCUUUCAGUUCUAAUAUGGCUCGAAGGGGAAGGGGUAGAUCGAGGAAUGAGGAACGACCACCACCUCUACCUCCUCCGCCUCCACCUCCGCCUCCACCUCCACCACCACCACAGGGGACAGAUGCAGUCAUGGCUAGGCUGCUUGAAGUUAUGGUGGAUAUACAGCAAAAUCUUAGAAGUCAUACUGUUCCAGAUCAGCAUGUUGACCUAAGUGCUGGGCAGGGAUCUUCUAGUACUAUGGGAGCUCAUGCACCAGUUGUUAAUAAUCGAGAGGAUGACAUAUCUGAACCUUGGAAGGAAUUCUCUCGCUCUAAUCCGACUACAUAUGAUGGUAGUAUGCUUGAUGGGAAAGCUGAGGAGUGGUUGGAUCGGAUGGAGCAGUUAUUUACUGUUGUGAGGUGUACAUCUGAGCAGAAGGUUAUCUUGGCUACGAUGCAGCUUGUUGGUGAAGCCAAGCAUUGGUGGGAUUCUGUUAAGCCCACAGAUGGAAGAUCUAUGUCUUGGGAUGAAUUUAAAGAAAGAUUUUAUGAUUUUCACUUUCCGCCAGCUUUCAGAGAUGAGAAAGAGGCAGAGUUUCAUGCAUUUCAGCAGGGGGACUUAGACGAGGAGACUUUUAUAAGAAAAUUCAAUCAGCUGUCUAAGUUCUCAACAUAUCUGAAGGCUUCUAAUGAUAGCAAGUGGAAAGCAAAGAGGUUAUUAGAAAAGAUGAGGCCAGAAUACCGCCAGCAGCUAUCUUUGUUAGGCGAGGCGACAUAUGAUGAGAUGUGCAAUCGUCUGAGGAUUGCCGCUCGUCGAGGCCGAGACACAGAGAGUAGCCGGAGUAGGGAUACGAGGUCGAGUUAG